GCGAUUAUUUUGUCUUUUUUUAUUUAUUUCUUUUAGAAAUUCGGCUCCAGGUCGGUUGAUCUUUUGUUUCUCUCUGUGAGAACAGAUAUGGAAUGGAACCCUAACAGAAAAAUAGGAGUGAGGUUUGAAACAGGAGCUUGUAUCUGUCGCAAAAUCUGAGUUACUCAGUACCAAGCUCAGGUAACAUCAUUGUCCUUCAAUCCUUUGCCUUUUCAAUUUUCAGGAAUUUUCUUCAAUUCGAAAAGCUUGUGUUUUUCACCCCAUCACCAUGUUGAAUAAACUUCUGUACUUGAAAUGUGUCACUUCCACAGCAACAUCACCUUACCCUUUUAUCCACCACUACCCAUUCCUCCUUUCUCUCUGUUUCUGCACAACCACUUCAAAUUCACGCUCAUUUGCGGUAUCCUACCUCAUUGACAACUUUGGAUUCUCUCCUGAAUCUGCUUCCAAAACAUCUAAGUCCUACAAUAUUUGUUUCCAGACCUUAGAAAAGCCCGAGACAGUGAUCAGGUUCUUCAGAAAUCACGGUUUCUCUAAUAUUCAAAUAAACUAUAUGGUUACAAAGGCACCGUGGUUGCUUUCUUGUGACCCCUGCAAAAGGUUAUUGCCAAAGUUUGAGUUUUUUCUCUCAAAGGAUGUUUCUAGCUCUGAAAUUGUUGACCUAAUAAGUAAGUACCCUAGAGUACUGCGUCCAAGCCUGGAGAAUCAUAUAGUCCCAACCUAUGAAUUGAUAUAUAAGUUCUUGCAAUCUCAUGUGAGGACUACUCGUUGUAUGUUUGGUAAUACAUUUUACUCUUGCGGGGAUCGUCUGGCGCACAACAUCAUAUUGCUGCUAGAGAAUGAAGUAAAAGAAUCAAACAUUGCAAGAUUGCUUGGGAACCAUAGUAAGGUGAUCUUUGCCUCAAAUGAUAUAAUUAAGUUGGUGAAGGAAGUAAAGGAUUUGGGGUUUGAUCCUUCAAAAGCAACUUUUGUUAUAGCGUUGAUGGCCAUAAAAAAAACAAGUCCUUCCCUGUGGAAGGAGAAAGUUGAUACCUUCAAGAAAUGGGGUUGGUCUGAUGAAGCUGUGUCUGAAGCAUUUAGGAGGCACCCUCACGUUAUGUUGACAUCUAUUAAAAAAAUAAAUGCUGUGAUGAACCUUUGGGUCAAUCAGUUGGGAAGGGAUGCUUUGGAACUUGUCCAUUGUCCAAAGAUUUUCGGUUUGAGUAUAGAAAAGACAAUCAUGCCAAGGGCCCGUGUUCUCCAGCAUUUACUUGCUAAAGGCUUGAGGAAAAGUGCCAGCUUUGUUUCUCCGAUUAGUGUUUCUGAAAAGUUAUUUCUUGCAAGGUUUGUGACAUGUUUUAAGGAGGAAUCAUGUCAACUAUUAAAGCUGUAUCAGGAAAAAGUUAGUGUUCAAGGAAAAGAGGAGGUUGGUGCAGCAUUGGGCAGUUCUCAAAUUGUUAAAUCAUGAGAAAUUUCUCUGGUUCAAGCUUGCUGUCUAUGUUAAACUACUUGGCUUGGGACAAGCCUUGGAGAAAUGAUAAAGUUCUACAUCAUGACUUAGUGUUCAAUUGUUGAAGUAGUAGAAAUUUCACCUUUGCUCAUACGGAUAGGGUUUCCUACACACAUAUUUGUUUCUUUUAUUUAAUUUAUUGUUUAGUAUUUCUAGUUUUCUAAAAAAAACAAAUUAUUUCAUUUUUAGUUGAUUGAGACUGAUUUACAAUGUUUGGAAGUGGGACUGUAUCAAAUUCUUGUGAUCCCAAUAUUAGUGCAUCUUCACUUCCUAGACCUAGAAGUAAAAAUGCAUGAGGAAACAAGACCAACAUUGGAUGGAAACACGGAAUAGAUGUUUGGCAAUGGAAAAAAAAGUUAAAUGUAAUCAUUGCUCAAAAAUAUUCAAUGGAGGAAUUUUUACAUUCAA